ACAAUGGGGGCAUUUGUCCUCUGGGUUUUCUUGGAAUUAUGGAGUCGAGGACUUCAGCAGCCUUAAUGCCAGAUGUGAAAGCCACACCAUGUGACUGCUCAGCGGCAGGAUCUCCUGCUGGCUGCAGCAUUGACUCUGAGAGAUGUCUGAGCAACCUGCCGGCGUCCUUGUCUGUCCUUGGAGAUCCCUUGUCCACCUUCUCCAGUCCAGCUGCUGUGCCGUACAGCAGCCUGCACAGAGAGCUGGGGCAGUGCCAGGUCAUGCUACGCUGCCACGGCCUGGGUCCGAGGUGCUGUUCCACGAGCAGCGUGCACGGAGAGCAGGGGCAGUGCCAGGUCAUGCCACGCUGCCACGGCCUGGGUCCGAGGUGCUCUUCCACGAGCAGCCUGCAUCCUGUAAAGCACGUUGACCCGCGGCUGCUCCCUGUAGAGGAGUAUGCUGCCAAGUGGGCCAGCCUAUGUGUGAACAACACCAGGAGCAGGUUGUAUCGGAGCAUGGAGAACAUUCACUGGACCGCCGUGUCAGACUCCAGUCUGUACAGUUUCAGCCCUCCAUUAAAAAGCGUGGACAGCGAGUUUAUCUUUCAUUGCACGGCCACCAGCCACUGGUACAACUCCUCCUCCUCCGAGGGACCUCUGGGGUCCGCUCUGGACAACACCCCCUUGUACUCCCAGAGAGUGCCUGUGCGAAGAGACCUCCCUCUGUUUACCAGGGCUCCACAGUGGCUCUUUCCUGCGCUGGAUGAGAAGGUCAUGAACGGAGAUGCCAUAAGAGGGUUAAAGGAGAAGCUAAGACUUCAAAGCAUCAAGGUCUCAGAGCCUAAGAAACCGAUACGCCCCCCCCAAGCUUCCUUGGGUGAGCCAGUUGCUAAGGAUUCUAUUGAGAAUGGGACUCCCAGGAAGUGCAGCAGCGGUUGUUCAGUAGACUGCUGCGAGAGGCCUGAGGAGCGCUCCUCUCCGAGUCAGUGCAGCACUGCAGUGAACAGGCAGACAGCCUCGUUUGCCCGCAGGAUAACCAGCCCCGAGGAGAUCAAGCAGGAGGUUAGGAGAAGACUGCAGCUCAGGAGGCAGAGCAGCACCCCAAACCUGAACCUCCACUCAGUGGAGCAAUGUGGAGAAGUAGUGAAAUCCCAAACGUCCGAGUCCAUUACGCAGCACAGCAGCAAAGCAGAACGCAGGGAGCUGUCACUGACGGCUGCGGGCAGGAAGAGGUACUCAAAGGGACGGCUGCACAUCCCUACUUUUGAGGAGUUCAAGAGCAUGCGAAAAAGAGAGACCGGUCAAGCCUCAGCCGUCGAGGGGACGGCUCAGAGACCAAGCGAGGGAGGCUCCUGGGCAGAGGAAGGGGCUGCUGGUAAACCAGUCACAGAGCAGACGAGUGAGGGGGGCUGCCAGACAGCUCCACAGGAAAACCUGAACAACGUGCCUCCUGCAGACCCGGGAUGCUGCUCAGAGAGGGUGGAAUUUGAAAGCAGGUCAUGUGACAGCAGGGGUCCUGCGGAACAGCUCAGUUGUCAAGAGGACAGUGCAGCCCCUGACAGCACCUGUCAAUCAGAGAGUCUAGUCAGCCCAAUAUGCACAAGUCCGAUACCGAGGUCUCCCUUACCCCAUGGGGGAGGGAGUGGGGUAAACCAACAUCAAAGCAAAAAGAAAUUUAGCAAAGACUUCUCCUCUCCGGAUGAACCUCAGGCAGCCGAGACCCAGUCUACCUGCUGCCCGUCGCUGCUGCUCGAGGCGACCGAUCUGUCCAGCUACGGGGCUAAAAUCUGCAAAAUGAAAGAGGGGUUCAUUGGCUCAGCUUUCGAUCUGAUCAAGAAAAGCUGCAGUGCAGAAACCGCUGCCGAGGCUCCGGUCACGGCCUCACAUGACGUUGACAAAGCUGACAUCACUGCUCAAGGGGAAAGCAAUCAAUCCAGAGCGGUUUCCAUGACGAUGAGGGCCUGCAGCAUGGAGACAAAUAUCCAGCCUUCUGGAGCACAACCUGCAGAACCAUGUCACCCCAGCCCUGCUUGCCGGAGGUCCAGCUCAGACGCUGCCUCUGAUGCCCCUGAGUCCGUGAAGGCUCAGAGAGAGUGCCGGCUGCGGCCCCACUUCAGCGACCCCAUGCCUGCCGACGCUGCCAAGAGGAAGCAGCUGGAGAUGAAGAUCGCCGCAGCAGCCCGGCUUCACAGCCAGCGAAGGCACCAGGAGAGAGAGGCUGGUCCGGUUGUGGCCAAAGUAAACAGCGUUCACAGCUGCGGGUCGGAGCCCAAGACAGGGCAGGACGGGGGCAGCCCAAACACCUCCCACCGAGCCAAGCAGCGCUGGAGCAGCCUGAGCAGCGACAGCGGGGUCGUGGGGCUGGCCGACGACAAGGAGGAGGAGGAAGCGGAGGAGCCGCGGAGCGAGGUGGAGCGAGCAGACAGCGGCAUCAGGACAGCCAUGGCCAAGAACUGGAGGAAGAGGCAGACAGACAUCAAGGCCUGGGAGUCUCACAGACCGUGCUCGGACUGCGGGGAGCGGGACUCUGUGUCGGAGCCCGGGGCAGGCAGGCGGGACAGUCUGUGUGAUAAAUGUGUGAAGCUGAGGAUCGAGCGCAAGGAGGCCAUCCUGGAGUUCAUGAACACCGAGUGCAGCUAUGGGGAGGAUCUGAGGAUCAUCAGGGAGGAGUUUUACUUCCCCAUGCAGACGGCUGGACUCCUGACCUCCGAGCAGCUGUCUGUGGUGUUCAGCAAUGUCCAGGAACUCCUAGAAGUGAAUGAGAAGUUCACCGAGCUUCUGCAAGACGGUAUCGAUCAGGGAGAUGAAGAUCUUCUGAAUGUGUGCAUUGGCGAGAUAUUUUUAGAGUUUGUCAACAUGCUUCCAGCAUUUCAGACCUACUGCCUCCAGCAAUCCACUUCAAUCAACAUGCUCAACACCCUGGAGAAAGAGAAAGAGCUGCUCAGGAUCUUUCUCGACGUCUCCCAAAACGAUAACAGCGCUCUGCGGCGCAUGAACCUGCGGUCCUUCCUGAUGGCGCCGCUGCAGAGAGUCACCAAGUACCCCUUACUGCUGAGCCGGAUCAGCAAAGCCACCACAGAGAAGCACCCGGACCACAGAAGCCUGCGAGAGGCCAAGAGUCGCGUGGAGUCCCACCUGGAGCACAUCAACAUGAAGAGCAAGCAGGAGGGCGGCUCCUGGUCCCUGCGCUCCUUCCGCCGGGACAGCCGCAAGAACAGGGAUGUGAUCAACAUCGAGAUGAGGGAGCUUUCCAUGAAGAGCGCGGGCUGGCCACGGGAGAGCACACGCUUCGUCAUGGAAGGCCAGAUGCAGCUGUCCCAGCCUGCAGACGGGCAGUGGGUCAGGAAGGGCAGCAAGGCCCUGAAGUUCCAGAGCGUGCACGUGCUGCUGAUGGUCCACAUGAACCUCGACGGGGGGGCGUCUUCGGACAGCCUGGCCCAGCGGGAACCCGUGAGAGAGGCCGUCCUGGUGCUCAUCAAGGAUAAGAGCAGCGGGAAGUUGGCGGUGCUCAGGGAACCCGUCCGUCUCAGCAACUGCGUGGUGUCUGCAGACCCGGACUGUGACGACACCUUCGAGCUGCUCGACAUCCAGCGUGAGGCCUUCGUGCUCCGAGCGGCCGAGAGGUCCCGGACGCUGCAGUGGUUCCGCCAAGUCAAGAGGUACUCCCGCGAGCUGGGUUUCUGGAAGAAGAGGCGCAAUGCCCUGCCGAACAUCAUGAUCAGCACUGUGCAUACCCGCUCCUAAUACCAUGAUCAGACCAGCUCCUAACAUCAUGAUCAGCACUGUGCAGACUGGCUCCUAACAUCAUGAUCAGCACUGUGCAGACCCGCUCCUAACACCAUGAUCAGCACUGUGCAGACCCGCUCCUAACACCAUGAUCAGACCAGCUCCUAACAUCAUGAUCAGCACUGUGCAGACCCGCACCUAACACCAUGAUCAGACCAGCUCCUAACAUCAUGAUCAGCACUGUGCAGACCGGCUCCUAACAUCAUGAUCAGCACUGUGCAGACCCGCUCCUAACAUCAUGAUCACGCUGUGCAGACCGGUUCCUAACAUCAUAAUCAGCACCGUGCAGACCGGUUCCUAACAUCAUGAUCAGCACGUGCAGACUGGAUCCUAACAUUAUGAUCAGCACCAUGCAGACCGGCUCCUAACACCAUGAUCAGCACUGUGCAGACUGGCUCCUAACAUCAUGCUAUCCAGGAGACUCAGGAUAUGAUAUAACACUGGGUCCCGAGACCAAUGGAGCACAAUGCAGUCGCUACUUUUUUAAAUGGAUAUAAAGUAAGAAAGUGGAGGAAGUUGGACCGUUAAAAGAAAUUACAAGAGAGCACUCAUUAGAAUUAAACGCAAAACAGAAAACGCAAAUGAAUGGCAUAGUUCUGGGCCCACCUGGAAUUGAGCAGUUUCAAUGUUCUCUUUGACAAAACUAAACAAUUACUGGCUGAGACCAUGAAUGUGGCUUUUGGUGUCCUGUCCCGUUGGCGAGAUGAGGUUAAAAGCUCAUAACCACGAAUGCAGAUGAGCCCGGCUAACGUUAAGACACUCCCUUGCGGUGCGCCCAGCCGUCGCCCUGUUACACUGACAUUAAAAAAAAAAACAAAAAAAACCACAUUAUUUUACCUUUUGGAGAAGGAAUAAUGAAGAACAAAAAAGUUCUAUUCUUACUGUUGGGUUUCUGUGUUAAAUUCUUAAACGAUAACGCAUGAGUGAUAAUUAGUAAGGGGUAACAAUGUUAUUUUGUGAACGUGCACAAGCUACUGAAAAUAUGUUAUGGAGCAUACUGUACCAUUAUGAACUGUGACACUAAACCCUUCUCUGAAAUUUUAUUUUUGUUUGUCUCACUGCAAAUUUGUUGGAGUGUUCAUGAUACCUGAUAAAAAGAAAGUCAAUUCUGUUGACUGUAGUUAUGUCUACUUUUAUCACUGUAUUUAGCAAUAAUAUUUAUUUUCAUGUGUUGCAUCUGCAGCAGAAUCUGGAAAAAGCGUAAAAAAAGAAGGUAUUUCAUCCAACAUAAAUAAUGUAAAAAGUACUGUGAACCAAAAGACACGACUGGUUUAAAUGAAUGGGCUCAAAGUAUUAUAGAACACCCCUUGAUUUAUGUAACAUUCUGAACAUACUGUUUUGUUUGCAAAUUCAAUCGCGUUACUGUUUUGAUGUUGUUAUUAAUCCAAGGGUCAUAAAUCCACUGAGGGAUUGCUCCUGAAGCAAUCUUACUGAGCGUUAUGCCCUAUAAGUUAACAUUGCCUUUUGUGUGAAAUAUUGUGAAUUAUAUAAAAAGUGAAAUGUAAA